AAUUUCUCCAUGGCUACCUCUCUUCCUUCCUUAAUCCAAAUAAUAUUCCUUUCUCUAAUACUCUUUGCCUCAGUAUACACAUGUUUUUUCAAACAGAGGAGGCUAAAGCUUCCUCCCGGUCCUAUGAGAUUACCCAUCAUUGGAAACCUCCACCAGUUGCUAGGCAUAGGCAACACGUUGCCCCAUCAAACAUUAGGGCGACUUUCUCACCAAUAUGGACCACUCAUGUUCUUGCAACUCGGGUGCAUUCCAACUUUGGUGGUCUCCUCUGCUGAAGUGGCUAAAGAAAUCUUCAAAACUCAAGAUAUUAUCUUCUCCGGAAGACCGGUCUUGUACGCUGCAAACAAGCUCGGCUACAACGGCUCUACUGUCUCAUUCGCUCCUUAUGGCGAUUACUGGCGAGAGAUGAGAAAGAUCGUUAUCUUAGAACUUCUUGGUCAAAAGAGAGUUCGAGCAUUUCAGGCUGUGAGGGAAAAAGAGGUCAGAACUUUGAUUAAUACUAUAACUGCUACUGCUACUUCUUCGAGUUCUGGUAUCGUUAAUCUCAGUGAACUCACGUUUACUUUGACGAAUAACGUUGUUUGUGGAGUUGCUUUUGGAAAGAAGUACGAUGGUUCUGAUGAUCAUCGUGAAAAUGGGAGGAGUGGAUUUCGUGAGUUACUUUUUGAAACGCAGAAUGUACUUGGUGGUUUUUGCAUGGCUGACUUUUAUCCACGGUGGUUAACUUGGGUCAACAAGUUCAAUGGUCUUGAACGAAGGGUUAACAAGUGUUUUAGAGACUUGGAUAACUUUUAUGAUAAAGUGAUUGAAGAGCAUCAUCAUUUUGAUCCCGAUCAAACUAAACAUGAAGAUGUUGUUCAUGUUCUACUUCAACUUCAGAAUGAUCCCAACCAAGCCUUAAAAAUCAACAACGACCAAAUCAAGGGUGUUAUAACUGACUUAUUCAAUGCUGGGACUGAUACAACAUCAGCAGCACUAGUAUGGAUAAUGGCAGAGCUUAUUCUGAAUCCGAAAGCCAUGAAAAGAGCACAAAAAGAGGUGAGGGAAGUGGCUGAGGGAAAAGCAUUUGUAGAGGAAAGCCAACUUUCGAAACUAAACUACAUAAAAUUAGUCAAGAAGGGUGGGUUCAGACUCCACCCUCCUGCACCAUUACUAGCUCCAAGAGAAACCACAGAGUUUUGCAGAGUAAGAGGGUAUGACAUUCCAUCAGGAACAAGGGUGUUUGUCAACGCUGGAGAGAUUGGGAGGGACUCGAAGUACUGGGAGAAGCCUAACGAGUUCUUGCCUGAGAGGUUCAUGGAGAGCUCAGUUGACUAUAGAGGAAAACACUUUGAGUUGUUGCCGUUUGGUGUUGGAAGGAGAGGGUGUCCUGGGAUUAACUUUGCUACGGUGUUGAUUGAGCUUGCACUUGCUAAUCUGUUGUGUCGUUUUAAUUGGGAGCUUCCCAAUGGGUUGGAAAGAGAGGAUUUGGAUAUGGAAGAAGUGUUUGGUCUUACGAUGAAUAAGAAAAUUCCUCUAUGCCUAGUUGCCAAGGUUGUUGAUCUUUGAGUAUAUAGUAUGCCUUAUAAGAUGCUGGGGAAAAAUAGUACUAGCCGUGUCGGUAUGCUAUUUUCAAUUGACUUUUCUACGAUGGCAGGUAGUUUUUGUCUCGUCUAAUUUAAUUAGAUAAUGUUAUGAUAAUGAUUUAAGUUACAAGACAUUGUGCUAUUGGUAUAUUGAUAGGUCACAUAUGUGAUGUGUACCUGGGGAAAAAUAGUACUAGCCGUGUCGGUAUGCUAUUUUCAAUUGACUUUUCUACGAUGGCAGGUAGUUUUUGUCUCGUCUAAUUUAAUUAGAUAAUGUUAUGAUAAUGAUUUAAGUUACAAGACAUUGUGCUAUUGGUAUAUUGAUAGGUCACAUAUGUGAUGUGUACCUGUCGUCGUGUAUAUGAUUAUAAUAGUUGGAUUAACUAUA